AUGUCUGCCACAAACGAUGUCCCCGAAAAGGCUGAGGCAAAAGCCUCCUUCGACGAGGUUCACCAAACCGAUGAGCAGGAUGAGAUGCUUCAGCGAUACGACCUACUCAAGGACCUGACUGAGGAUCAGCGAAAGGCUAUCAACAAGAGCUUGGUCCGUAAAUUGGACUGGCAAUUCUUGCCUUGCAUUACAAUGAUGCUGUUGAUGAACUAUUUGGACCGCAUCAACGUCUCCAACGCACGGCUGGCUGGAAUGCAAAAGGAUCUUCACAUGACAGAUACGCAGUGGUCUGCCGGUAUCAGCAUGUUUUACGUCGGCUACAUCAUCUCCCAACUCCCCGCGAACGUUAUGCUUGCCAAGGGAAACCCUCGCAUCCUUCUUCCUUGUUUCAUGCUGGGCUGGUCUGUCGUGACGCUGGCCAUGGUACUCUGCACCAGCAGCGUGGGUUUCAUCCUAUGCCGCUUCUUCGUUGGUGUCAUGGAAGGGCCAUUCGUGCCAGCUGUGUCACUGAUGACCUCGUCAUGGUACACGAAGUCAGAGUCGCCAAUGCGAAUGAGUAUUUGGCAUGCCGGAAAUAUCAUCUCAAACGUCAUAUCAGGUCUGCUCGCUGCUGGAAUUUUGACUCGGAUGAAAAACGUCGCGGGCCUCACUUCAUGGCAGUGGUUUAUCCUCAUUGAAGGAAUCGUCAGCGUGGUGGUAGGCGUCGUUUCGUUCUGGUUCAUUCCCAAAUGGCCCCACAACACUGGUGAAUAUAUGUUCACUGCAGAGGAGUCGCAGAUGGCACAGUACCGACAAUUGGUCAAUGCCGGUGGUGUCACGGAGGACGACGAGGGUGGCGCCUGGGAUGGAACGAUCAUGGCCUGCAAGGAUCCCUUCACUUGGCUAUUUACCUGCUUGCACUUCUUCGUCAUCAUUGCCCAGUCUUUCAAGGACUUCUUUCCUUCGAUUAUGGACACCUUCGGAUUCGAUGAGACGGGUACCUAUCUCCUGCAAGCACCGCCGUACAUCUUUGCGUACAUGGCCUGCCUCGCUGUCUCCUGGACUAGCAGCAGGUUCCGUGACCACUGUUGGCACAUCGCUGGUGUUAUGAUCGUUUCUUUGGUCGGCACCGUGAUUUUGAUUGCCACGCUUGAGCAAGGUCCGAGGUACUUCAGCCUCUUUCUGCUAUGCGCAGGGCCGUUCAUCGCUUUGAACCUUCAUCUUUCGUGGGAAACCGCCGUCGUACAGAGACCCCGAGUCAAGAGAGCCGCGUUGAUCGCUAUCACCAACGCAUCAAGCAGUGUUACCCACUGGUUUACGCCAUACUUCUUCUUGACCAACCAGGCUCCUCGGUACCAGACUGGUGGUGGUGUUAUUAUGGUUGGUUGUGGAGUGACAGUGCUGAGUUGUUUGGCAUUGAGAUGGUGGGUCGCCAGGAAGAACAAGCAGCUCGAGGAGCGGCAGCGGGAGACGGGAGAGUUCAACAGCUGGCGCUUCGUGAACUAA